AUGAGGGAGUCGCGGAGUAUGUACUUGAAGGUCGUAGGAGUGGGGGUCGUGUCGAUGAUCAUUCUCAUGUUUUCUGUCUUUUCGAUAUACUGGGGAGCGCUGUGGAAAAUUCCAGAGCGUAGUUUGGAAGGAUGGGUUGUGGAUUUUGAUGACUCGACGGUGGGGAACGCUGUUGUCCAAGCCAUGAUGUCAUCAUCCUCCAGUAUAGUGAGCUGGACGAGCAAAUCAGCGAGUGAAUUUCCGGGUGGUGUGGACGAUGUUGCGUAUGCGGUGCUGGAUCAGCAGACAUGGGUAGCUGUUGUCGUGCACCCAAAUACAACAAGGCUUCUCGAGUCAGCGGUUCUCACUAUGGACUCAUCAUACAAUGGUUCGAAUGCCAUCACAGCCUAUGCCAUUGAAGCCCGCAAUGAGAACGCCUAUCGCAUUUUGAUUCGGCCUUUAAUAGAAGGAACGCUUAAUGCUGUAUCCCUCGGGAUUGCCAAAUCCUUUGUGAAACAGGUCGGGACGUCCUAUCCGCAAAUAAUAGCCAAUCUUUCUACGACUGCCCCUCAAAUAUUGGCACAACCCGUAGGAUAUACGCUGAACAAUAUCCGACCUUUCAAUGUCCCCGUCGCCAGUGCCAUGACGUUUGUCGGCCUCAUCUAUGUUUUGGUCCUAGCUUACUUUAUUGUCCACUUUUCUGCUGCUGCUCGUGAGAUGUCAGGACUGGAGACAUCAUUAACAACAUGGUCCCUUAUCUUCCUUCGAUUGGUAUCAAGCUUUGUCUCGUACUUCAUGCUCGCCUUUUUCUAUUCCAUGCUAUGUUUGGCCUUCCAAGUGGACUUUUCAAAGACAUUUGGACAUUCGGGCUUUGUCGUAUUCUGGAUGCUGAACUUUGUCGGAAUGUUGGCCUUGGGGCUGUCUUUGGAAGCGAUGUUCACGCUGCUCACGGCGAGAUUUGUCGGGUUCUUUAUGAUAUUUUUUAUUAUCUCGAAUGUAUCCGUGUGCUUCAUGCCCCUGGAAGUACUUCCAGGCAUAUUCCGGUAUGGCUACAUCUUUCCCUUCUAUAAUGUAUCAGGUGCAGUACGGACAAUUUUGUUCGGGACCAAGAAUCAGCUGGGGUUACAUUUCGGCGUCCUCCUCACUUGGAUGGGUAUAUCGUUGAUAACUCUCCCUCUCUUUCAAUGGUUGUUCCGACGAGGGGCCGUCGCGAAAGCAAAUGCCGCAACUCAUCGAGGUGGAGAAAAGGACUCUUAA